UAUAUAAAAAGGGAAUUGAUUAUUUACAUUCAAUACAAAUUGAUAUUGAUCGGCAAAUAUGUAAUUAUGUUUAUAAAAAGUAAUAUUAAUGUGGUGAUCCUAUUUCAUAGCAAUCAAAGCUGUCAAAUUGUGGCACAAUAGUAUUAAAAAGGAAAUAUGUGGGGAAGAUUGUUGCUUAUAGUUUUUAUGCUUUUUUUUUUUGGAUCGCAAAUAUGUGGGGAUGGUAUGGAUAAAGUCAUUGUUUGUGUCUUGAUUCAAAUCAUGUGCAUAAAACAUUCCUAAAUUUUUAUUAGGGUAAUUUAAAAGGAAACAUUUAAUUUGACCAAAUUACUCAUAUGUCCUUUUUUCACUAUAUAUAGGACCUUAAUCUCAACCCUAAAACUCAUCAUUUCUCAAUUCUCUUCUCUUUAGUUAUAGUUAUAUCUCUUUGUUUAUUUUCAUUGUUUUUUAUUUACUUGAAUUUUUAAGAAAAUGCCUCCAAAAUAUAAUUAUAUUUCUGAAAUUUCUCCAUCCAAAGAAACAUGGAAUGUAUUGGUUAGAAUUGUUCGCAUGUGGUUUGUUAAAGAUAUGAAUAGAGAUGUGCUGCCAUAUUCUUUAGAAAUGGUUUUGAUGGAUAAGAAGGUUUAUUCACAUCUUGAUUUUCAAUUUAUUUUUUAAAUUUUUUAAGCAAUCAUAUCUAAUUUUUUUUUUUUGUGUGUAUUCUAGGGUGAAAAGAUCCAUGCAACAGUUCGAAGAACAUUAAUUUACAAAUAUGAAAAGGAACUCACUGAGGGCCAUGUGUAUUCCAUAAGCAACUUUAGUGUUGCCACUAAUGUGGGAUCAUAUAGAACCACCAAUCAUGCCUAUAAAAUUAAUUUUCAAUUUGGAACUAAAAUCAAAAAAUUUGAUGACAAGUUGAUACCUGCUAAUAUAUACAUGAUCAGUGAACCUCAUAAGAUUUUUAAUGAUAACUAUGAUACCGAUUAUUUGAUAGGUUUGUCUAUAAUAUAUACUUAGCAUAAAAUUAAAUAAACUUUCGUUUGUCUAUAAAACUAAGACUUUCGUUUGUCAAUUAUUUAUUUAUUUUUUUAAUAAAUAAAUAAUGUAAAGUACUCCAAAUUUUUAACCCAAUACAUCAAGUUUUUUUCUUUUAUUUUUAUUUAUAUUUUGGGAUGGAGAGAGUAACUUAUUAAUCUUUAUGUUUUGUUUAGUUAUCGAUUUAAGUGUAUUCUACGUGGCCAUUAUGUGGACAAGCUGAUUAAUUUUUUAAAGUCUGAUGCAUCCGACAGUACAUGUGUUGUAUUGCUUUUUGGAAGGAUGAAUUUUUGGAAAGGUAUACCUACUGUUCAGAAUUUCGGACAAUAUACAAGGGUGUUAUUCAAUCCAAAUAUUGAUGCCGCUGCAGAAUUGAAGCAAAGAAUGCUGGACAGAACAAUUUCUAAGCCUCAUUCGAUAUAUGCAAUAAAUGAAACUACAAAAGCACAUGUAUUGGAUCAGUGGGUGUACAAAACAAUUAGACAUACUCUAUCAACCCUUGGUUUAUGUGCAAUGGGGUCGGUGUACGCUAUAUUGGGCAAAGUAGAACAUUUGGAACCUAACUGCGAUUGGUGGUAUUUAUCCUGUGUAUGCAAUACCAAAGUGAUUCCUUAUGAUAAUAUGUAUUAUUGGAGAACAUGCAGUAGACGUGUUUUAAUUGUUAGUCAAGGGUAAACAUUUAUUUUUUAAAAUUUAUAUCAAAAGAAAAUGUGUUUAUUUAUGGGUCAUUCUAAUAUAUCUAAUGAAAGCAUAUAUUAAGUUUAA